GUUCAAUUGUAAAGAAAUUCAUCUUCAGCAAAAAAUAAUCCAAAAUGUUCAAAUUGUUCACAGUCUGCUUCCUCGCUCUCUUCGCUUUUGCCUUCGGUGCUGCUAAACCCGGUUUGCUGGCUGCUCCCGUCGCGUAUUCAGCUCCGUUAGCCGCUGCUCCUCUUGCUGCUGCUCCACUUGCUGCUGCCUACGCCGCUCCCGUUGCCUAUACCGCCGGCUAUGCUGGUUACGUCGCUCCAUAUGCCAGCAGCUACUCAGCUCAUUCGAUCGCCCACUCUGCCGCUUUCCCAGCUGCUUAUGCUGCUGCACCAGUUGUUGCUGCUCCAGCUGUUGCUGUACUGAAAAAGUAAAAAGUGUUUUAAAAACAGUUUUUCUCUCAAUAAUGAUGAACUGAACCUUUGAAAUAAAUUAUGAAUGAAA